AUGAGUGUGUCUCUGGUUGUUAUCCGACUGGAAGUAGCCGAGGAGUCUCAUUUUCCACGAGGUUUCCAAUACUUUGCUGCAUCAGAGAUCAUGUCAGAAGAGGAACAGGAGGAGAAUGCUUUGAGCAUAGCCAAAGCGGCGCUCAGUGGAAAGACUGAUCUAGAGAGAGCAGCUAUACUACACCAGCACAUAGGGAGCAGAGCCAUGGGUGACAUGGUUAUAGAGACCUUUGAGCCCAGCCCAGAUAAGGGUGGGGGUGAAGAGGUUGGUUGUUCAUCUGAUGGCAAUAGUGACAGUGCACAUGAAAAAACAGAAGAAAAACACGAAAACACCGCCACUCCAGCCAUGACACCAGACUCCCCCUCCAAGCAGUUGCCAGAUCAGAUUUCCUUCUUCAGUGGAAACCCCUCUGUCGAGAUUAUUCAUGGAAUCAUGCAUCUCUACAAGACCAACAAGAUGACGUCUCUGACUGAAAAUGUUAGACGUAGUGCAAUGGUGUGCAUCCUGACUGUGCCUGCAACUAUGACCAGUCAUGAUCUUAUGAAACUCUUGGCUCCAUAUAAUGACGUCAUGGAGCACAUGAAGAUUAUUCGAGACUCAUCACCAAAUCAAUAUAUGGUUUUGAUUAAAUUCUGUUCACAGGCAGAUGCAGACAGUUUUUACACUGCCUGCAAUGGUCGACAGUUUAACUCAAUUGAAGAGGCAGUGUGUCAGUUGGUCUAUGUGGAGAGAGCAGAGGUUUUUAAAUCUGAACAUGGGGCCAGCCUGCCAGUGAUGGAGUUGACUGAGCUGCCAAAGUGCACAGUGUGUUUGGAGAGAAUGGACGAGUCUGUGAAUGGUGUCCUCACUACUCUGUGUAACCACAGCUUUCAUAGUCAGUGUCUUCAGCGCUGGGAGGAUGUUUCGUGCCCAGUUUGCAGGUAUUGCCAAACGCCAGAGCCAGUGGAAGAGAACAAGUGUUUUGAGUGUGGAGUGCAGGAGAAUUUAUGGAUUUGUUUGAUCUGUGGCCAUAUUGGUUGUGGUCGCUACAUUAGUCGUCACGCUUACAAACACUUUGAGGAAACGCAGCAUACAUAUGCCAUGCAGCUCACCAACCACAGAGUGUGGGACUAUGCUGGAGAUAAUUAUGUGCACCGCCUUGUGGCAAGUAAGACUGAUGGGAAGAUGGUGCAGUAUGAGUGUGAAGGGGACACCUGUCAUGAUGAGAAAAUUGAUGCACUACAACUUGAAUACUCGUACCUUCUCACUAGUCAGCUGGAAUCCCAAAGAAUUUACUGGGAGAACAAGAUUACUCAUCUGGAGAAGGAGACUACAGAGGAGAUAAACAACAUGAAGUCAAAAUUUAAAGAGACCUUGGAGCGUUGUGAUAACUUGGAGCGUCGGUUAGGAGAGCUUUCUAAAGACAAACAGACCAUGGAGAAAAAGUGCACUCAGCUCAACGCUCGAGUGGCAAAGCUGAGUCAGGAGCUGAAGGAGGAACAGGAGAUGAACCGCUGCUUAAGAGAUAAUCAAACACAGCUACAGUCGCAGCUCGUGGACGAAGAGCGAAAGGCCAAAGAGAGUGUGGAGCGUAAGGAGGUGGCCAUCGCAGAGUUACAGGAGCAGCUCCGAGACGUGAUGUUUUAUUUGGAGACACAGCAGCAGAUCGAGCACCUUUCCCCUGAGGCGCGCAGUGAAAUCCAAGAAGGACAGAUCAACAUCGGGGCCAAGGAAGUGAUGCCUAAACUGGAGCCCGGUGGGAAUUCUGUGCCCUUGAUGAAUAAUGCUGCUGUCUGCCACACUCAGACACCGAACAGCACAUCAUUUGUGUUGCGUCCGUCUUUGCAGCAUCCAAAGAUGAGUGACCAGGACAGCGGUGCCUCCCAAACAGGAGACUUUGACCAAGACACAAAUGGCGACACAAACAGUGAAAUUGAAAUGGACCGGGAGGACAGACACAGAAACCAGCAGGAGGCCGGUCUGUCCAGCUUCUCGCCGUCUCUGCGUGCUGUUAUACGCAUCAAACAGAAGUACCAGGCCAUGAAGAGGCGCAGACAGGACAUGGCCCUCAGUCUUGCAGCUGCAGGGACCACCAUAGGGACCCCCGUCAGGACAAGCCCCAAAAUCUUUACCUUUGAUACUGUGAAUGCCUUUCCCCACUCACUGGAAAACACUGCUCAUCAGAAGAAGAAGAAGAGGCGGAGAAGAAAUGUGUUGUUCCCUACCCAUGGGGGGUGCAGGGCCCCACCAAAACAGGAUCGCAGCCGAGCCAAACCCUGCCUGUUUCUGCUGCUGGCCAUCGUCUUCCUUCAGGUGUACAAUGCCAUUGAGAAUCUGGAUGAUCAUGUUCUCAAGUACGACCUGGAGGGGCUGGAGAAGACGCUGCGUAGAGAGGUGUUUGGGCAGCAGGGAGCAGUGGAGGGCCUCAUGUCUCACUUACAGGAAUAUCUAUCCACUUACAUCCACAACAAGCCUCUGGUAGUGUCGGUGCACGGCCCCUCUGGAGUUGGAAAGAGCCUCCUGGGUCGCCUUUUAGCAGGACACUUCCGAUCAGUGGUCGGGGAGGCUUUGGUGCUUCAGUACUACGUCCUGCACCACUGUCCCCAGGAGGCCGAUGCUCUUCAUUGUUCUCAAAACCUGUCAUCUGUGAUUUCUCAGAUGGUGGAGCGAGCGGAAGAGGAGGAGAAGAUCCCAUUAUUGAUUUUUGAUGAGGUUGAAUACAUGCACACAGAGAUAUUGGAUGCACUGUGGAAACUCGUGGCCACUAAGCAGUCGAACGAGUACCUGAAUGUUAUCUACCUGUUUCUGAGCAACUUGGGGCAUGAGAAAAUCACAAAUUAUCUGCUUCACAACUCGUCGAGCUUCUCUGGGACUGCCUCAGGUCACGGUCACCUGAUCAAAGAGCUCACCUCAGUGCUACGCCACACUCUGGACACACAGCACCCACUAUGGACGGAGGCAGACAUUGUACCUCUGGGUCUUCUGGAAAAGGGUCAUGUUAUGGAGUGCUUUUUAGAGGAAAUUACUCGAGAAGGUUUCUAUCCAGACAAGGCCAACAUAGAGCGGCUGGCAGGAGAGAUAGAAUAUUAUCCCAGAGUAGGGGAACAUGAAUACUCCCAGACAGGCUGCAAGCAAGUCGUGGCCAAAGUCAAUCUGCUAUGA